CUGACCUCCCCUCCCAGCGCGGCCGACAUCCACUACGAUGACACCGAAGCGCGCAAGUACACGACGAGCUCCCGUAUCCAGAACAUCCAGGCUUCGAUGACCCGCCGCGCCCUCGAGCUCCUCGACCUCAAGCACCCUUCCCUCAUCCUCGACGUCGGCUGCGGCAGCGGUCUCUCCGGCGAGAUCCUCUCCGCCGAAGGCCCCGAGGACGGCGGCCCGCACACCUGGGUCGGCAUGGACGUGUCCCCGUCGAUGCUCGAUAUCGCGCUGCAGAGGGAUGUCGAGGGCGAUCUGCUGCUGGCCGACAUCGGGCAGGGCGUGCCCUUCCGCGCGGGAUCCUUCGACGCCGCCAUCAGCAUCUCCGCAAUCCAGUGGCUUUGCAACGCCGAGAGCAGCGAUACAUCCCCCGAGGGCCGUCUUACCAGAUUUUUCAACGGGUUGUACGCUUCAUUACGUCGUGGCGGGAGGGCCGUGUGCCAGUUCUACCCCAAGAACGACACCCAGCGCAACAUGAUUACCCAGGCGGCUGUCAAGGCUGGCUUCGGUGCCGGUCUGCUGGAGGACGAUCCCGAGACGAAGAAUGUUAAGCUGUAUCUGGUACUGACGGUCGGUGGUACCGCUGAGGGUGGCAAGGGCGGUGACAUCACCAACGUGAUCCACGGCAUGGACGACAUCAACGUCGAGGACGCCAGGCGGAAGGCGAGUGACAACAGCGGCAAGGGGGAGAUCAAGAAGGGCAGCAAGGCAUGGAUUGUCAAGAAGAAGGAACAGAUGGAGAGGAAGGGAAAGAUUGUCAAGGCCACGUCAAAGUACACGGGCAGGAAGCGCAAUGUCCGGUUCUGA